AUGGAGUUACACAGGGUGACGAACAUCAUCGUACAUCCAAAUUUUGAUCAAGAUACUAUUGAUUUCGACAUUGCAGUGGUUAUCGUCAACAUACCUUUCAAAUAUAAUCAAUUAGUCGGUCCUGCUUGUCUCCCUUUUCUAAAUCCGACGAAUACAUUUGAAAAAAGACAAGUUCACUUGUUGGGCUGGGGUCUUUUGAACAUCGGUGGUACUCAAGCCACCAUUUUACAGCAAAUUAAAGCCAGAGUUGUGGCAAUAGAGAAGUGUAAAGAGCUCGGUAAAUCUAAUUCUGAUUGGUCGAAACAGUUAUGUGUGCUUGGAAACAACAAAACUACUUGUCAGUCCGAUAAUGGUGGUCCAGUACUGUGGCGCGAUCCUGUAACAAAAAGAACUUUUCUAGUAGGAAUAAUUAGUCCCAAUCCUUCAUGUGAUCCUGAAGUACCAUCUAUUAAUCUUAGAGUUGGAGCUUACCUUGAUUGGAUAGAAAGACAAGCUCUUAAAGAUUAUUCAUACUGUAAAUUAGAAUUAGAUUUAAAACUGCAAAUUCAAUCGAGUGACUUAUCUAUUCAAAUAUGAGGGAAAAUAACGU